AUAGAAAAAAAAGGUUGUCUUCUUGAUACGUUAAAAGUGGAUGAAGUAUCUUUUUCCAUUUCCCCAUAGUCCCAAAAUUUAAAAUUUUAAAACAUUAUUAAUAGGGUUAAUUUACUAUAAAUAUCUAAUUAAAGUUGUGUCAUUUGGUGAGGAAUAAGUGGAGGGCCCAAGAGAUGACAAUGAAGCAGGGGGGUAUUUAAGUGAACUAAAUUCACACAUACUUCCAAAUAUCAUGUGCUCAUCCUGUACUUUUGAUCAUUUAUAUAGUCGUUUCACAAAAUACCAAAAACCUCAAACCUCUUCGAUGGCUGACCCCUUUGAUCUGAAAAAACACAACCAAAUUAACAAUGAAGUAACAUCCCAAGUAGCAAUAGUAAUUGUUCCAUAUUUAGAACAAGGACAUCUAAAUCCCCUUCUCAAUCUCUCUCGUAUCCUCUCAUCUUACAAGCUUCAUGUAUUUUUCCUAGGUACUAGUACUAGUAAUCGACAGGUGAAAUUCCGACAAUCUGGUUGGGACAUUCUUGAUUUUCCGACCAUUCAAUUUCAUGACCUUGUACCUGUUCCUCCUGGUUCUUCUUCCUCUGUUUCUACAUCAGUAAUGGAGAAAAUAGGCUCAUUCUUCACAUCCAUUUUGCUGCUUCGUGAACCAAUUCGUGAUCUUUUGCAAGAUAUUUCAAGCAGAUAUAGAAGGACAGUGGUUAUUAAUGACUCAGGCAUGUCAUGGGUUGUUCAAGAUGCAGUGUCAAUGCCCAAUAUAGAAUGCUACUGUUUCCAUACUAUUUCUGUGUUCACUUCUCUGUCCUUCGCCUGUGAAACUACGAAAAAGCCACUUCCAUCUCCGGUGGCUGAGAUAAUUGCAGAGCUUCCUCCAAGGGAAAACACAUUUGAUUCAGAAACUAUAGAAUACAUAAAGAUGCAGCUUGAGUCGAGAGAUUUUUACUCAGUUGGUCUCCACAAUUCUUGUAAAGAAAUCGAAGGCGUUUUCAUUGAUUUGCUGGAAAAACAACGCGAAAACAAGCAAUGGGCAAUUGGUCCAUUAAAUCCAGUGGAAAUUUCAAAGAAAAAAAGCUCUGAACAAACCCAUGAAUGUUUUUCAUGGCUUGAUAAAAAAGAGCUGAAUUCAGUGAUUUAUGUUUCGUUCGGAUCUACAACUACGUUAUCGAAAGAACAAGUUAACGAGCUGGCAUUUGGAUUAGAACAAAGUGGGCAAAAAUUCAUCUGGGUUCUUCGAGGAGCUGAUAAAAAAGGUGAGGAUAAUGUCGAUAAUAGCAAAAGAGGAAGUAAUUUUGAUUUGCCAGAAGGGUUUGAAAAAAGAAUUAAAGAAAAGGGGGUUGGGUUUAUAGAGAAAAAUUGGGCACCCCAAUUGGAAAUCUUGGCACAUGGGUCAAUCGGGGGAUUCAUGAGUCAUUGUGGAUGGAAUUCGUGUAGCGAGAGCAUUUCAAUGGGAGUUCCAAUGGCAGCUUGGCCGAUUCAUUCAGAUCAGCCGAGAAACACUGUGCUGAUAACGAAAGUACUGAAGAUCGGGAUCGUUGUUAGAGAUUGGGAAAAUCGAGAUAAAUUGGUAAGUGCUGUGAAAAUUGAAAAUGCAGUGAGAAAUUUGAUGGCUUCUGCAGAAGGAGAGGAGUUGCGGCUGAGAGUGGCAGAGAUGAGUGGCGCUGUGAAGAAGUCAGUGAUGAAUGGCGCCAGUCGCAAGGAGAUGGAUUCCUUUGUUGCUCAUAUUACCAGGUAAAUUUGCAUUGAUCUUGUAAAAAUACUAUGGAGAUGAAAGCAACUUUUUUUAUCAGUAUUUAUCAGGUUAAGUUGAUCUACAAUAAAAAGUCUUUCGUAACAUUGAGUAAUGGUCUGCUAUAAUUGAUUUAUUGUAUUGAUAUUACAACACAUGAAACAGGCUCAACUAGUAAGAAAAUUGUUAACUUUUUAUUUUGUAAUA